ACCAUCUCUAGUCAAGAAGGUCUCUACUUUUCACUUUUCAAAUGAUAGAAAACCCAGAGAGAAAAAUUAAAAAUAUAAAAUAGAAAAACAAUCUAAUAAUCUUAAUUAUUUAUAAAUAAAUUGUCUUUUGUGUAUUUGUUGCAAUUAAUUAUCAUUUUGAUGCAAUUUAAAAGAUGAUAAUGAAAUAAUGCAUUCGAAUUUCCCGUAGUGGUCAACGUUACUAACGUUGCAAAUGCGAAAUAGAAAAAUUUCCAUUCAAUUAGUUGAUUGCAUUAGAGACAGGAUAGAUAGUCUAACCCGUCUAACCAGUAGCUUUUUGUUUAAGGACACCAACCACACACCUACGUUGCACAAAAUCCACGUAUUUAUAUUAUUGAAAAUUAGUGAAAAUGGCAGCAUGUAAAUGUAAAGCUAUUACUUCCAUAUUUGGAUCUCGUAGUUCUUUAUUUAUUAAUAAUAGUAAAUUAGGAUUUAUUAAAACAAUUAUUCCAAAUGAAAGUGAAAGACAAUUUGCAACACUUACAUCUGCUUUUGGAAGGUCAUCAACAUUCAGUGAAAAUAAAUAUAUUAAAAAAAUUAAAAAUGAUCGUCAAAUUCAUGUGUCAAGAAGCUGUUUAGAUACACCUAAUGAUAAUUAUUACAAAACUCUUGGAAUUCCAAAAAAUAGUUCAUCAAAGGAUAUAAAAAAAGCAUACUUCCGUUUGGCUAAUAAAUAUUGUGAUGCUGAUGAAAAUGAUGUUGAAGCUAGAAAAAAAUUUCAAGAAGUUGAACAAGCUUAUGAAGCCUUGAAGGAUAUCAAAGAUAAUAACGAUAAUAAUGAUACUAAGGAUAAUAAUAAAGAAGAAGAAAAGGAAAUGCAAGAAGGUUGGCUUUUCAUUAAAAAAUGUACAAAUUUCAUUGUAACAAACGUGACUACAAUUUUAAUUGGAACUUUUCUAUUUUUAAUAGCAAUUUUUUGCUAUUUUCAAUUAUUUUAUUUUGUUUGGGUAUUUGCAAGAUUCUCAGUGAUGGGUUCACUUGCUUGGAUUAUUUGGUGUGUAUUUACUUCACUUUUUUAG